AUGUUUACAACGGCACCGAUACUAGCUCAUUUUGAUCCAGACCGGAGGAUUGUGGUAGAAACCGAUGCAUCCGACUACGUUUCAGCAGGAAUUCUAUCUCAACGUGAUAAUGAAGGAAUCCUACAUCCAAUCACUUUCUUCUCCAAGAAACAUUCUCCUGCAGAAUGCAACUAUGAAAUCUAUGACAAAGAACCUUUAGCAAUCAUACGAUGCUUUGAAGAAUGGCGACAUCACCUGGAGGGAGCUUAA